AUGGCCAAGGUUAACAACAGUCAUGGAAGCACUAGGAACGCCUUAUUCAUUAUGGUGGUGCACUUGACUUUGCAAUUUUCGUUGCUGGCGCAGCCUGCGCUGGCUGAACAGACUCCGUUAUACUCGAAUGAGUGUUCUUAUCCUUGUCUUCCGCCGCCAAGUGCAGUCACGAACUGUCCACCGCCACCUUUUCCGCCAUCACAACCGUCAACGCCAUUGCCACCGGCUGCUGAUCAACCACCGCCGGCCUUCCUCUUUCCGCCGCCGAAUGCUGGGUACAUGCCCUAUGCUUUCCCUCCACCUAAUUAUUACAUGAACUCCAUCCCUCCUCCCCCUCCCGAUCCGAUAUUGCCGUACUUCCCAUGGUACUACAAGCAUCCUCGUUUCCAGUCGCAAUCGCCGGAAGUGAUUCAUUCACAAUCAAGGGUCGCCAUUGUGGUGGCGCUAUGCUUUCUCUACAUCGUUCUUCUAAUGGUUGAGUGA